AUUAGUUUGUCAUUAGACACCGAAUUAAACAGAUAGUUGUGUCAGUAAAAAGCACGAGCCAACCGAGCGAAGUGUAUAUAUACUCAGUUAGGUAAAGUUAAAUUACAGAGGUAAAGUUCGUUGCAUGGUCGUUGGUUCGAUAUUGUGUAUUCGUCGCAUCGGUAAUUACAGUGAAAAUAUUGUGAAAGUAUAAGGUUUGCAUUGUCAGAAACAAACGAAAGAUCGGAAUAUUAAACAGCUACACCGCCACACAGUUCAAUAUAAAGUUCAAGUGUCGGUAAGAUAAGUGAAAUCGAAUAGUAGAUAAGACGCGAAAAUAAACACCAGCCAUGGAUAACGAACAGGAGAGUGCAAACAGUCCAUCAAUAACCGUUUACUGGUUGAACGCAAGUCGCGCUGAUCGCAUAUUGUUCUUGCUAGAAGAGUUGGAAAUACCAUACACCAUUGAAAAGUUCGAUCGUGGAUCGGAUAAACUUGCACCGGCCGAUCUGAAAAAGAUUCAUCCUCUGGGUAAAAGUCCCGUCAUCAAAGAUGGUGAUCGAGUUGUUGCAGAAUCGGGUUUCAUCAUCGAUUAUCUUAUUACCAAAUAUGGUCAGGGCAAACAGUUGAAGCCGAAUAAUGAGGAUGAUUUGUUUCAGUACAAUUAUUUCCUACAUUACAUCGAAGGUACCCUGAUGCCGAUACUUGUGAUGAAAUUCAUCUUCAUGAAUCUGCAGAAAAUGUCUCCCUGGAUCAUCAAACCCAUCGUCAACGGCAUUUGUAAUAAAAUUGACGGACUAUAUUUGGGACCGAAUAUGCGAACGCAUUUAGAUUUUCUCGAAGGAGAACUAAAACAACGGACAUGGUUAGCUGGUGAACAAUUUUCGGGUGCUGAUAUUCAAGCAAGCUUUGCUGUUGAAAUGCUGGUGAAAAGAUCAGGAAUAUCCGGUACAGACAAGCCACAGUUGGCACAAUAUGUAAAUAGGAUGUGUGAACGACCGGCCUAUAAACGUGCAAUGGAAAAAGUCGGGAAAACUUCAAUGGCUGAUAAUUGAAUUCCCUGCACAGCGAACGUUAUCCCUGCACACUUGCAACAGUUAGACUAACCUGAAAGAUAAAUAUUUUGCAGCACUUUUUCAACUGAGGUGGAAAAUAAACAUUUUUGUAAACGAAAAAGGUCGAAUUUUUAAUGCUCUCUCGUCGGUUUUGUUGGUAACCUUUUAAGAUCGAUAGCUUUUUCGGGUAUACGGGCUUUUGAAGCGUACAAACAAAUUUCUAUCUACCACUGUAAAAUGCAGCAAUGAAUUUUCCAUCCUUAAUGAUUUUCAAAUGGAAUUUCGGUUCAACUCC